AUGACACGAAAGUGGCAUUUAUUGGUGUUAGAAAUAGCGAACGAUGAAAUUCGGCUAAGUGUCGAUGGAUUCAAUACAUUCACUGCCAUUAACGAGACAGAGAUUCCGAACGGAAAACUUCAACUGAAUGACGACGAGAGGUACGGUGGCGAUGUCUAUCUAUACUGUGACGAUCGAUGUCAUGAGAACUUCUGCCAGAACGCAGCCGAAUGCAUAGAGGAUUUCGCCAGAGACAGUGCCAUCUGUCGUUGUCGUUAUCCGAAUGUGUACAGCGGACGGAACUGUGAAAUAGAUAUCAAUCAAAAUUCUUCCGUGUCAUUUCACGGUGGUUUUUUGAAGUACGAGUUGCCACAGAACGCACUCCUGGACCAGACGAUACUCUCUUUUCGAACGGACCAAUCACAGGCGCUGAUUUUAUUCGUACACGACCAUAACAAUAAUUUCUUGCAG